UGGAGUAGAGAGAAUAGCAAAAAUGAGCUGUGCUGUUUCCAUUUUGAAAUAUGUGUUGUGCUUCCUCAAUUUCCUCUUUGUGCUUUCAGGUGUUGCUCUCGUGACUAUUGGUACUCUCAUGAACCAGCAACUGCAGGGAAUUGAAGACGUACUGAAUGGAAAGAUGCAUACUCCAUGCACAUUAGCUGUAGUACUUGGCAGUUUUCUCAUCGCAGUUUCCUUCUAUGGACUAUUUGGUGCUUUUAAGGAGCGUCGCUACUAUGUCGUAACGUACGCUGUGUUCCUGUUGACUAUACUUCUUCUGCAAACACCUGUUGCUGUAAUGGCUAUUCUUUAUGGUGACAGAAACUUCGUUCUUCAUACAACAAUGUACGAUUUUACAAUCACUUACUAUACUGACAGUACCAGCCAAGAUGUUAUGGAUACAGUUCAGAAAAAGUUGCAGUGCUGUGGUGCUACUGGGCCAGAAGAUUAUGUAAAUUUAAAUCCAUCUACUCCUGAGGUACUGCCACCAUCAUGCUGCAUACAGGACAUUGAGUGUUACUAUGAAACAAAUGCUACUGAAACCUUCUAUACUAAAGGAUGCUGGUUUGCUGAGGAAGAAUUCUUGGGUUUUGUAGGAAUGUUGAUUGGAUGUGCAGUUGUUGCAUCUGGAGUACUUGAGGUUUCCGUGUAGAUAACAAAUACACUAUUCCAAUUGUGAAUACAAAGAAUGUGGCAUUAAUGAAAGAUAAGUUGAAUGAUGAACCUAUUACCAAAUUUGUCAGUUUAUGGGCUAUAAUAUAUGCAUUUGUUACAAGUAAUGACACAUGAUGCACAGAGCAAAGGGUGUGGAACAGUCUUCUGUUAAGGAGUUGACCAUCAAUGAUUACAGGUUAUAGGGAUCACAAUGGGGUUCUGUCUGGGACGAUCCCUAAAAAAAAGGAAGCAAUGAAGGUAUCAGACAGUAAAAUGAGACUUUUAGGAUGUACACUAGUAAUUAUUGCUCAUUUCUUUGGAGCAAAUUGCAUUAGAGAACAUGUAAUUUUUAAUUUAUUGCAGAAGCUGUGAUUUUCUGUUCCUGAAGCUUUUGUGCCCUUUAAGAAUGAUUGAUGUGCAAAGAAUGCCUUAAAUGGUCAUUACAUAGAACCAUGAAACACUCUCUUAACAAAAUUCAUAAACUUUUCCUUGUAAAUGAAAAGAAUUUAAAUAUUGAAACAGAAAUUAUAUUUUUUAAAUAACUUAAUGAUCUCACUUAUGAAAGUCUAUAUGAUACUGAAAUGAACAACAAAUCAUUGUUGUACCAUAUCUAGAUGAAUAAGUUUAGUUUUGUAUCACUUGCUUUAGUGAAUUAAUGUGCAUUUCUCACCUUUCAUGUGGGUUACUGUACCUCUAGUGCCUAUAUACACAUGGUGUAUCUGGAUGUACACAGCUCAUUAAAUAGUGGUUUAGCUUCUCACAAUUUGCAUUUCAGUUCUUCAUCUCUAUUGCUCCAUCCAUUACUAAAUUAACAAAUCUUGAGACAUUCUCCUUACCUUCUUUUUCUACUGCUCUGUUGUAACAUGUGCUACUGAUCAUCACAUUUUAUGCAGUAAAAAGCUUUAAGCUAACAGUGAUAGAAAGUGGAGAACAGAAUGCUCUUCUCUGUCAUCAGUUUCACUGAUUCAUAAUCAUCCAUAUGCUUUGCUUUACUGUGACCAUUUAAUGAGCGAAAAAUCUGCUGACUCCAGAAACAGUAUUUCCUUUGUUACAGCCACUUGUGUUCUCAAACAGAACUGUUUUUAUGUAGCAAGCAUAUUCAGAAAGUAAUUCAUAAUACACCCAGUGGCUCUUAUAAUGUAUUGCUUUGGGAAUAGCCUUUUAACUUCUGCCUCCUGCCUCUUACAUAGCUCUAAUUCAGUAGUGAAAGUACAAUGAUAUGGAUGCAAGAGGAAUUAUCCCUACUCUCUCUUCCUUCAUAUCUAUUUCUUAUCCUCUCUUUGCCUCUUAUGACCUCUGCCAAAUCAGUAUUAACUCCCAUUGACACCAGUGUCAUUGCCAUUAGCAUUACCUCUACUUUGACAGCUACUACCCUUUCCAUGACCAUACAGAUUUUCUUUACUCUCUUGACAUUUGAAGUAUGAAAAUAUAUUGCAGUCUGAUACAUACAUAAAAAUCUGUCCUAAAAUAAUAUCUGAUGCUACAUAUGGUCAGCAAAAACAACAGUCAGUAACAGGGAUUCUCAAUAAUUCAUUAGUUAUUCUAUAUGCUUCGUAUUUCUGUAUUAUCUGACUUAAGUAACUAGUCAUAGUUACCAAAUUUCAAAUUUCUAUAGCACAGGUAAAGUUGAGUGUGACAACUAAAAAGUCAUGUGAUAUAUUAACAAUACCAUUAUUGUCUAUACAUCUCAUCUCAAUCCUUACAGCUUAAGUAAAUAAUAAAAAAUUACAUCUUUACCUCACUGCUUUUUCUAUGGCAGUUCCAUCAUAUUAAAAAUCUGUUUGAGUCUAAUCUUAUAAGUAAAUGUUCACUAAAUGUCCACCUUUACUUAAAAAAAUUAAGACCAAUAGAUAUAAACCUUUGGAAGAUAAAUGUUUUAUACACACCAACAAAUGCAUUUACUUUCCAUGGAUGAUAAAAUCCAGAUCUACAUCAACAUCCACAUCUCCAAACCACUGUGAAGGGCAUAGCAGACAAUACUUACUUAUGCUUAUUUUCAUCUCCCUUUCUUUACUGGAUUAUUCUACAUUUCUCCGUCUUUCAUAGAAUCACUUUUACUUCAGUAUUCCUGCUAAAAACACAGUCGUCAAAUAAUGUUUUCCUUUAUAAAAAUCAAUUUUCAGUACAAUUCUUCUUCUAUAUUGUGCCACCCUAUCACUUAUAUGAGAAAUCUUGAACAUCAGGAAAGUACUGUUAAAUAGUACUAUUGAAUUAUUCUUUAAAUUCCACUUUGCACACUGUAAUUAGCUUAAUUUUGUUCUUGCAGUAUUUAUGAUUGUAGUAGUAUUUUGGAUUCCUCUCUGAACACUGAUUCUUCAAACUUUGUGGGCAGCAAAAAACAUCUGUUAAACAAAUUACCCAUGUUCAUUUAUAAGUAACUUUUUAUCUGGCUACAUAUAUGUUGAUAGAGAAACCUGGACAUGGCUAAACCUCGUGAUGAAAUAAAGAACUUCAUUGAGGAAUUAAUAUACUUCAUUUUUACUUAUUUAUUUUUUUCAUUUUUACAUGUGCAACAUGUUAGUAUAGUAUAUACACUGUAUAGGCACUGUGGCAGAAAGAAACACUUGUUCUGUCUGUGAAAUUUGCAGUAAAGUUGUCAGACAACCCGAUUUAGGGGAUGUUACAGAAAACAGUAAACCUGCCUCCAUAGCCUGUGUGGUGGCACUUAACUCAGAGAUAAGCUGAUUCAAAUCCUGGUGGUGGAUGAAAUUUUCACUCCAGUAUUUGACCAGCAGGGGCAGAAGAGGUGGUGCCAUAAGGUUUCUGAUCACUAGUCUUGGCACCAAUUUCCUGGGUCAGAUUUCUGAUUUCUCCACAGUGUUACAUGAAGUGAGAACAUGUGACACUGUUGAUGGUGACGCAUCCAUCAGAUGGGGAUUUAAACUUGGUGGGCCGCUUAGGGCUUUUUGAGAGGAGUAGGCUAUAUGCCAGCACAUGGUUUCACCUCUCCCUCCUCUUUGUCCAUAACAGCACCACCCCAAGACUACGCAAUACAAAACCUCAUCACAGUUAUCCACAUGACACAGGUACACACUUUACACUUCAUAGCAGGUUGGAGAAAGGUAACAACAAACAACCUGCACUAGGACCUUGUGAUGAGUAGUGAUGCAGGAUUCCUCCUACAUCUGCUCCUCCUACACUCUUUCUCUGAGUGUGCUUGUGUAUAUAUAUAAAAACAGUGAUUGAACAGAAUACAAUAUUAGAAAACAUACACAUACCAGUUGGUCAAACUUUUCUAACUAAAACGGUUGUAAAAUGUGUAACUAUGUAACACCAUUAUAUCUUUUCAUGUGAGUGGUUGUCAACAGAUUCCUAUGAAAGAUGGAAGAAUGUUCUAGGUCAUUUAUUUUAGAAAGUAGUAAAGGCUGUUUUUUUUACUAAGAUAAUCAAACUAUACUCACAUGUUGAACAAAAUUUCAGACACUAACUUAUUUUAUCCAACAACUUUUUAAAAUACCAAAACUACUUAAUUAUAGCUGAUCAACUUAUAGACUGGGAAUAAAUAGUGGUAAAAGAGGUAUCAAGGCAAAGUAAAUUCUAUGAAUUUGAAGUUAGUGACAGACAAAUGAAAAUCCAAGAUCUGUAACUCAAAAACUUGUCCUUGAUUUAAAUGUGGUUGCAUUGUAUAAUGAGUCUUGAGCCAUAGUCAUGCAUGUCAGUAUUAUAAUUAUGUUUCACAGUGUCUGAAAAUAAGAAACAUAGUAGAAACAGAACAUAUGCCCAAAUGUAAAUCAAUGUAAUACAAAUGUAUAUUAAAAACAGUUGUAAAGGUUGUUGUAGUAGCUCCUAAAAUAUUAUGUUAG